UGUGUUUCUGGCCCUGAGGCUUAGGAGUAGGUGCAUAGCAGGCCAUCAUUAUUGCUUUGUUUCACACCAUGUCGGGGCAACAGUUAGAAGGACGAAUUCUCAAGAGAGCAAACCCAAAGACUAUACAGGACAAGUUUCUAGUUGGAUACCAAGGAUGGUUCACAUGCAAUGGAGAUGGCGAGCCCUUGGAUCCUAACCACCAUGGAUGGAUACAUUGGUUUGAUAAGCCAAUACCAGACGACCUAUGGCCAGAUGUAUCAGAAUACUCGCCAUCCGAGCUGUACCCCGCCCCAGGUCUCAAAAACGCAGACGGAGAACAGAUGUUUCUCUUCUCUUCACGCCACCCGAAGACGGUGACGCGCCAUUUCCACUGGAUGGCGUUGCACGGUGUCGAUGGCGCGUUCUUGCAGCGAUUUGCAGGCCAAUUGGGGGCCGGCUCAGCAAUGAUGAGAAUCAGAGAUGAAGUAGGUGAUCGUGUUCGAGAGGCUGCUGAAGCAGAGGGAAGAGUCUUCGCCAUCAUGUACGAUGUCUCAGGCGUGGACCCUAACAAGAUCCAACAAGUGCUCGAGGAAGAUUGGACGCAUCUUAUGCGUGAUAAAUGUAUACUAGACAGCCCCAAUUAUCUUCGUGAGAAAGGCAGUCCAGUCAUCGCUCUAUGGGGUUUUGGAUUCAACGGGAGAAAUCACUCUCCAGACGUCGUCCGAUCUAUUACUAAUUUCUUUCGUUCCUCCACACCAGGCGGUGCUUAUCUUAUGGCAGGUGUACCUGGACACUGGCGCACAUCGAUAUCUGAUAGCGACCCGGACCCCGAGUUUUUGCGAGUCUGGACAGAAGAAUUUGAUGCACUGAGCCCUUGGACUAUCGGGCGUUACGGAAACGAAGAGGAUGCUGAACGCUGGGGGAAUGAGAAAGUCAAACCAGACUUCGAUUUUUUGAAGCAAAGAGCAGACGAAGGCAAAAAAAGAGUAGAUUACAUACCUGUGGUACUUCCUGGAGGCAGCGGCUAUAAUCUCUCUCACGGACAAUGGGGAUUCAACGCCAUAAAGCGCAACGGGGGUCACUUUCUCUGGAAACAAAUAUAUGCUGCUCGACGCGCAGGGGUGCGCAUCAUCUAUGGUGCCAUGUGGGACGAAUAUGACGAAGGCACGGCAUACAUGCCUGUCGUCUCUUCUUCAAAGCAACUCCCGGUUCAUCCGCAGUUCGACUUUUUAGCGCUCGACGCCGAUGGCCACUCGCUUCCGUCAGACUGGUAUAUGCGCAUAGUUGGUUUUGCUGCUGAAAUACUACGUGGUGAACGUGUAUUACACGAGACAUUUCCUAUCAAGGAAUUACAGGACUAUUGGGCAACUCGUCCCAGGUAUGAAGACAAGACAACUCAGGAGGAAGAGGCGGAGCAAUGGAAGCAGGCUCAAAAAGCAUACCACGAUUGGGCUGCUAAAGAGGGAGGUACAGUGGUAGAUGAGGCUCCUCCGCCGCCAUAUAUGCUGGAAGACGAGCAACACACACAGAAUCCUCAGGCAGGCGCUGCACUAAAUGCCAGGCCAGUCCCACCUGAAGCCACCAAGCCCACCCUCGGCCGUUCAUCCAGUGCCUCAGCCUCAUCUGCGUCCCCGCCGCCUGUUCCAGCCAGGAGUCCAUCACUGACCACGAGCACGCCAUCGGGGAGCAGCCGACCUCCUGCCAUCAACAUGAGUUCUCGCCCUCCACCGGCUCCGAUGUCAACGAAACCUGUAUAUCCCCCCGAAAAGGUGGAAGUGGUGGUCAUGCGUCCCCAUCAGCUCUAUCAGCGACCAAGCUCCUCGCAUUCCAUUGUCAGGCCAUCGUCUCGAGUUUCUUCCCCUGGAUCUUCUACUGUGGCCUAUCUGGCCGAUGAUUUCGCCCGCCAGAAAUUAUCACACAGUCCGUCAGAAAUUGUGACAGGACCGCAGCAAUCCCAUGGGUCAGGAAUUUCGUCUUCGGUCAUGCAAAUGCCUUCUGUGGAGGCAAGCCUAAGGCGACCCAGCACCUCGCCCGCAAUCUCUCCGCACCCGCCGGCUUCACCAGCACCUGUUGCAUCUUGGCCAUAUCCUGGUCAACAACAGCUUCAUUAUGCUCCGUACAACUCUUCGUAUCAGCCCCCUGUCCCACCCCUCAAUUCCCGCCCUUCAUCCUCACCCCAGGGAAAGCCUUCUGCCAUAGGUCGACCAGGAUACGAUUGGUAUGAUGCCAACAUGCACCCAUAUGGUCCUGCCCGCCCAGAACCAUACUAUCCGAACACAAGUCCAAAUUCUGGCACAUCUCAAGGACCUUACAUAGCAAUGGACAAGCCAGAAUAUCCCUACCCUACCUCCCCCGUACCAAAUCCACUUACCCAAGACUACUUCCAACACCAGAUUCCACCCGCACAACAUCAUCCUGGUGGUUCGAAUUCUCCUCGACCCUAUCCUCCACCUGAAUGGGGAAUCCAGAGCUCGCCUCCGCCCCUAGCGCAUCGUCCUCCUACGCACCCGCAGUCUCAGAGCUACUACGCCCAGAACCAGUCGGUACCGAUGUGGACAGGCAAUGGUGGAGGGGGUGGGUUCAAUCUCGCGGGUCGCGCGCUAGACACGGUGGAGGGAAUCGCGGGGAGGGAUGCGAGGAGACAUCUGGAGACGCUCGCGCAGAGCGGGUCGAAGCUACUGAACAAAUUCAAAUGAUAUUGGCUUCUUAGGAAUUUACAAGAAUUAUCUUGCUUCCACCUUUGUAUGAUUACAGGUGUUUCUAGGUGAACUUUGAUUGAUUGAAUGAAUGCUCUUAAGACGUUUAUAUAACUCAUGGAUGUACUCUAUGGACGUAUAGUAAAAAUGACUUUUGUUCAACACUUGUCUUUUCUUCGAUGGUUAGCUCAGUCACGGGGACAGAGUCGAGACUAC